AUGUUGGGAACUUUGAACUACAAUUCCAUUUUUGUGCGUGGAUCGAGAACACCAAGUUUGCCGUUCAAUCGUAACAAUAGUCCGGGUAGUGUAAUACUACUCGGCACUAAAAUGGAAGUGAUCCUUUAUCGUCAAGCCCAGGUGAAUACGACUUUGAGACGCCUACGUCACAGGUCAAACGACAUCGUUUCGCUUUCGCAACUACCAAUCUCUCUCUUUUCCCGAAACAAGAGCGAUAACUCUGAACAGUCCCAUUGUUUCACAAAAAUGGUGGAGGUGGAUUCAGGUUCAACCAUAGCUGAUGAAGAAGAAAGUACGGAGUCGCCGCCUUCGCCGAAGGUAGCAUUUUCCAUCAGUUUAAUAGAACAGGAGAAAAUCCAGUUCCGGCGCCCCAAGUCCGCCGUUCCACCACCACAACACACCCCCUGGUCAAUGGUUGCCAUCAGAGAUUACGGAGACGACAAUAAGCACCCAACGAUCAUCUUCCCUCCAAUCAACCACGAGAACCUUCAGAUUUCUAAAGAUACUCAUCGAGUUCACGGCGAAUCAUCGAUAACAUCUUCACCGUACAAUGAUGAAUAUUCCGAGUCCGAUUCAUAUUCGUAUUCCGAUUCAGACUCAAACUCAAACUCCUCGGCCACAUUUUCUCCGUCCGAUUCCAGCGCAGCGAGUGCAUCUCUUUCGUCACGAAGUCCCAAGGCUAGGUCGGCAGGUGACAUCUCUCUAUGGUUCGAUUCAUGGGUUGAAAUACUGCGUUCCAAAGUGAAUAAUAGCAUGAGUCUUAUCUGGAAUAAUUUGGCUUCGACGAUGAGGGCCGCGUUGACUUUUCGAUCCGCCGCAGUGGCGGCGAUGUUGCUAAUGUUUCUAUAUUUCCGGCAGAGGAGGAGAUUGAGGGCCCAGGAAGAUAGUACAAAUCAGCUUAUUCGCAUUAUCAAAGAGAAAGAUGAGAAAAUCAAUCGCCUAUUGGAUCAAAUUGCAGGGAUGAAUCAAGCUUUGCUAGCAUUUCAUAGAGUUCCCAGUAGCACCAGCACUUGAGCCAAUCCAUGCAUUGACCUAUUGGCCUUGGUCAUGCUCUUUAUAUUUUGGAGAAGAGUGAUAUUUUUUAGCGAAUUGGUGAUAAAACAUCAGUCUAGGUGUCAUUAAAUAAUAGGCUAAAUUUCGUCGAAUCUACCACAUUAGUGCCAGAAUGCUUACUGGCAUACAACCAUGUUAGUAACCAGAAAAUGUCUAUUCUUCUUUAGAGACCAAGCAGGAGUGUGUAACAUAGUGUUGUCUAAUCGAGUUCUAUAUGUUGUUCGAGCUCCCUAGAUAUAGCCUAGAUUUUUAUUCAAGACUCGUAUAAUUUAGGACUUGUUUGACAAGAUUUUUGCUUUUACUUUU